AUGGACACCCGUUUUCACUGUGUGUACCUCCUCACCAGCCUGGAUAGGCUUUGUGAGGGGGAUUGUUACAUCGGCUACACCCUCAACCCCCUGCGGCGGCUUCGGCAGCAUAACGGAGAGCUCGUCAACGGUGCGAAGCGGACGCGACGGCGGGGACGGCCCUGGGCCCUCGUUUGUUGCCUUUCUGGCUUCCCAGACGAUCACGCCGCGUUGAAGUUUGAGUGGGGCUGGCAGCACCCGCGGGAGUCCGCACGACUGCGGGAGAUCCUUCCCAUCCACUUUCACGGCCUGCGCGGGUUGCCUUACGCCAUCGGCGUCCUGCAUAUGCUGCUCCGCGCACGACUCUUCGCGCGGCUUGAGCUCAGCCUCCACGUCAUUGAUGAGAAGCUUUUUCACCACGCUGCGGCGAUCGCCCUCGCGGGGGCUUCUGCGGGAUUGAAUUCGGACGCAUCGCUCGCCCCGCUCACCCCGCACGCCCUGCUUCAUAUUGAAGAGAUCACCCCAAAUGAAUUCCAGUCGAAGUAUCUUUCACAUGAAUCCGCUUCGAAUUCGUUUCUGUCCGCGAAUAGUCCGCUAUCCUGCCCGUAUGACCUUAGCAUGCUUUCGCAAACCGUACAGGAGGAGUUGGAUUUUGAGGAGAAUUCGCGCGGAAGCGAGGGAGUCCCCACUUGGGAUUCACCCAAAGAAAGAGCCUUUCUUCACCACCACAAUUCUGAAGAGUAUCACGCGAAUGUGCAGAAUAACAGCGAUGACGAGGAGGGGAAUAGCUAUGGAUUCGUAUCCCCACCUGCGAGAUCUCGGCGGAGCAGCCAGGCCCCAGAUCGCAGCUACACGGCCUCCCCUUCUCUUUCCUCUUCUUUCUCCUCGACGUCGCCGCUUCUUUCUACACAGCAAAGGACGGGUUUAGCUUCCCCAACCCUUGUGAAGUGGCCGAGGAUACCGCUACGGUUUAAAUACUACGCCGAGAGCGAUUUCGCGCGGGAGUAUUUGGCCGAAGCGGCGCUUUUACGGCGUGGGCUGCUCACUUGCACCUUUUGCGCACUUCCUCUGCGCGAGCCCUACUUCAUGCGCUGCCCUCGCGCACCAUUUUGCGGACUCACCGCGCAUAUUAUAUGCCUUGCGAUGUGGAUGCAGACCCGACGAGGCCCUAACGAGGUGUCGAGGAUGCAAAAAACGGAAAAAGCCGAAGGAAAAGAAGAGUGCGCGGCAAGCACUUCUUUAUUAACCUCAGCGGAAGCGAUGAUCGGGGGGAUGGCCGCGAACCCGACAUCAUGGUCGGGUUUAUCGCGGGCGAGAUCCACAUUGGUGCCCACGCAGCCGCGUCCGUGCGCGCUUUGCGGGGAGCUCCUGCACUGGGGGUCUCUCAUCCAUCAUUUAAAACAACGCGCCGUGAAGGAAAGAAGACUGCAUUCCCAUCACCGUCGAUUGGCGGUCGAGCAGCGUUUGCAGACAAGGCUGGAGCGCGCACAUCUUAUCACGCGUAAACGACGCCGUCCGGGCGUCAGCACCGAGGACAUCAAUGCAGGGGUUCCAUCCGGAAAGGGUUUACGCAAGAAGAAAGGUGAAUUUCUUGUGGAGGGAAAGGAGGAGAAUUCACGCGAGAAAUCGGUCUCCCCGCCGGCCAUUAUUGUUCAGAUGAAUACCCGCGUCCGAGGCUUCUCACCUUCGCCCGCCCGAAGCGCUUUGCUUGCCGCGAGUGAGGUGCAGGCUCGGCAGGGGAUAGGGGAGAGGUCGAUGGAUCCGGUGGAAGAGUGGAUUACGGCCGAUAGCACGCUGAAAAUAACUGAUUUUGAUGAGAAUGAAUGGUUAAAUUAUUAG